UUUUUAGUAAGCUAAUGGUGAAACUCUAGUGUUUCCAGUUCCAGUUUCCAGUAAUCCAUUUAGUUGCCGAGUGACUGUCUGACAGCUCUGCAUCAGAUUUUAACAACAUGAGUGGACCUAAAGCCUUGGUUGUCAUAAUCUGGAUGUUGAGAGGUGCUGCCAGCAACACAUGGGACAUUAAAAUGCCUCAGAAGAUAGAUGCGAUAAGUGGUUUCUGUGUUCAAAUUCCAUGUCAGUUUGAGUUUCCCGACUCAUUCAAAAAGUUCCUAAACAAGUCUGUUGAGGUAAUGUGGAAGAAAACAACCGUAUAUGGGGCAAAUGUUCUCAGUUCAGAGUUUUCUCUUCUAAAAGGAAACGUGAUUGGCAACAUCUUAAACAAAAAUUGCACCACAGUGUUUCAUAACUUUCCUGCUGAAUUCAGUGACAUAUAUUUCUUAAGACUUCAGGGUCCUGAACCUCUCAUAUACAGUUAUAAGGAUGGAGUGAACAUCACAGUCCAUAAAGACGUUCCACCGCCUAUCCUGGACCCACAUGUUCAGGUGCUGGAAGUUCUAGAGGGCACCAAGUUAAAAUUGACCUGUUCCACUGUGAUCUCAUGUCCCUCAAUACAACCUCUGAUGCAGUGGAACCCACUACUAGGAGAACAGCUCACACCAGCCCUACAGGAGGAUGAAUUUGGACAGACACUGUUGGUCUCCUCUCAGAUGCUCAAUGCCACGCCUCUAAAUGACCGCCUUAAAGUCUCCUGCUCUCUUUUGUACUCCCAGGGCGCCAAAAGACCUGUUGAGACCAGCAUUAUCCUCAGAGUGCUUUAUGCUCCCAAAAACACCAUAGCCCUUGUGAGUCCAUCGGGUCCAGUGUCUGAAGGCAGUGUGGUGAUACUGAGCUGUCAUAGUGAUGCCAACCCUGCAGUCAGGCGCUAUGAGUGGUACAAAGACAGUGGAUCUGGGGAGCUAGAAUUGCAGAAUCAAGGACAGACUCUAACAAUGACAGCCAGAAAUAAUGUUCAGGGUCUGUAUGUCUGCAAGGUCUACAACAACCACGGGACCGACCAAUCGAAGGCUGUUGCUGUGGACAUAAAUAGUUGCCAGUGCUCCAUUGCACUGUACGUUGUAUGUGGGCUUCUGACGCUUUUCUUAAUUCUCAUUACUGCAGUGGAUUUAGUCAAAUACAAAAGCCUGUUAAAAAGACUUAAAGGGUUCGAAGGUAUGCCACCCUUGACGUACGCCACCCUUCGCAAGACCAGUGACUCAGUGUACAAUGUAAUACAGACGAGGGGCAGCGGAACUGAAGAGGACUACGAAAACAGAAACUUGAGUAAACAUAAGCCCAUGUUGGAGCCAUGGCCUAGAAGUUAGCUAGAAACAAAAUGCUGUGGUGUCCAUGUUGGAGAUGCAGGUUCCAAUCUGUUCUGAGGCUUGUGUCAUGUGGUUUUCUGCACUAUUUGUUUUGUAUCUCUGCUUUUGCAAACAAUAUAAUGGGAAAGUCCAAAUAAUUAAUCAAAUCACAAUGACUGUGCAGAUGAUAUCUGAAUUUGAAGGUUAUUUUGUUUAAUUUUAUAUACACUACCAUUCAAAAGUUCAGGGACUGUAAGAUUUUUUUUUCCCCCUGAAUGAUAUUACAGUUUUUCUCAAUUGCUUGGGCUCAAUUCUUGAAUGAGACUUGAGAAGAUUAGUUUCUUGUUCACAUCAGAUUUGAAUUUCUUGAUUUAAGCAAAUUGCAUGUGUUUUGGCACAGGUGUGCAAAAGAGUAAGUACAACUGUCUACAAUUUGCACAAUAACUACUUAUCAAAACUGAUACGUUGAUUCUCAGUGAAUUGUCAAACUCUUCACAAUUUUAAAGAAUUCUUUCAUUGUGUGAGUCUUCACAUGCAAAAUUAUCCAUUGAAUUAUCAAAAUCUGUUGGACAUGCAUGUAUAUUCCAUAAAUACCUAUGAUGUGAAAUAUUUUUAAUGUCUGCUAAAUUGGCAAAUGGCCUGCCAUUGUAAUGAAAUCACAAUCUUACUAAUCAAGUUUGGAAGCAUACAUUAGGCCAGGGAUAUUCAACUAGUUUGUCAUGGGGGCCAGUUCAUGAAAAGCAUAUGUUGUAUUUUUGCACCACAAGACACCCAAGUAAACUUUUUUCCUGCAUUUAAA